GUGUGAGCGCGAGAGCAUACUGGAAAGAGUCCCUCAUUUCUACUACAACGGGCAUUCAGCGGAGGCUUGCCUACAAUAGUGCCGAACGGAAACAGUGGGAAUGGACAAUGAUGUGUAAACGUCUUGGGAGAAGUCUAAACAGAGCGUGUUGACUGUCUGAUGAGUGAUGAUGGCUUUCUUUCAGAACAACUUCUGGGGGGAGAAGAAUGCCGGCUUUGACGUCCUCUAUCACAACAUGAAGCACGGCCAACUGGCAACCAAGGAACUUGCCGAGUUUGUUCGUGAGAGAGCUGCUAUCGAGGAGACCUACUCCAAAUCCAUGGGCAAACUGGCUAAGAUGGCCAGCAAUGGAAGCCCACAAGGAACGUUUGCACCAAUGUGGGAUGUGUUCAGGGUGUCUUCUGACAAACUGGCUCUUUGCCAUCUUGAGCUCAUGAGAAAAAUGAAUGAUCUCAUUCGGGACAUCAACAAGUACGCCGAAGAGCAGGUCAAAACACACCGCAAGACAAAAGAGGACAUGGUCGGGACGGUAGAAGCAGUGCAGGCACUGCAAGUGCAGAGCGGUCACCUUCAGAAGUCCAAAGAGGGUUACCAUGCCAAAUGUUUGGAGCUGGAGCGGCUCAGGAAGGAGGGAGCUCCACAGAAGGAGCAGGAAAAAGCUGAGCUUAAGUCCAAGAAAGCAGCAGAAUCAUUUGCACUGUGUAUCGAGAAGCACAAUCGAGUGGGAGGAGAGUUUGAACAGAAGAUGAAUGAGUCUGCUCAGAAGUUUCAGGAAAUUGAGGAGGCUCAUUUGCGACAGAUGAAACAGUUAAUUAAAAGUUAUUCCCAUUCCAUAGAAGACACCCAUGUGCAAGUUGGCCAGGUGCACGAGGAAUUAAAGCAAAAUGUAGAAAACAUUGCUAUCAGUAACCUCAUCCAGAAAUUUGCAGAGCUGAAGGGCACUGGCAAGGAGAGACCAGCCUUAGUUGGUUUUGAGGAGUACAUGACAGCUCUUGCACCUGAGGCCGGGAAGAAGAGUCGUGCAAAAGCUUUCAGGAUCCCCGGCCUGGGCAAGAGGGACAAGGAGCCAGACUCCACGGAUUCAGCGGUGACAGAAUUACCGAAUUCACCCUUUGACGUCGACGAUGAAGGGUUUGUCAUCCGAGCUGACAGCACUCAGAAUGGCUGCUCUAAAGAGAAGAACUUCUACUCCAGUGACUCAGACUUUGACGAUGAGGAGCCCAAGAAGUUUCAAAUCCAAAUCAGACCGGUGGCCAAUAGCAGUCGCAGCAGCACUGCUGCUUGUGAGAAGGAGCUGAAAGCCACUGUGGGGACUCUCACCCUCCCACCCAACAGAGGGGCAAAUGUCAAAAGACAUCUUUCCAGAAACUCAAGCACAUCUGGACGUACGGAUGAUGAAGGCACCUCCCCCAGAGAUGGUGACCACGAGAGCCUUCGCAGGUCGACUUCCAGUCCUGAUCACAGCAGGUUGAGUUCUACAGCAUCGGGCCCAGACAGUCUGUUUGGACCUCCUCUUGAAACAGCCUUCAAAUUCAAAAGCUUUAGUGGUCGGGAAAAACUUCAAGAACAAAGUUCUUUUGGUGCCUCUGAAUAUGCUGCCUUUUCAUCAGACUCUUCCUCGCCAGAGAACAUUGAGGACUCUGGUCUAGACUCACCAUCCCUUCAGACACACGGGCCAUCUCCUGAGCCGGUGGGAUGGGCAGCGUGGCCUCCUGUUUCACAAAGCAAAGAGCAAACACAAACACGAGGGCGACCUGCUGACCCUUUCCUCUCAGUGUUCAAUGACCCCUCCCCAGCUCAAAGUCCUCAUCCCCAAGAUGACCCCAUGACCGCUUGGUCCGUCGGUCCACCUCGCGCCGCUAGACUCCCCUCAGAUAUGGACUCUUCUUCCACGCGCUUCCCUGCCUUCCAGCAGUCUUUCCCCUCUUCAGAUAUGGAAUCAAUGGUAUGGAACUGCAGACAUCCCUCUGAGGAUCCCUUCUUUGCUGCUUUUGACAGGAACGUCACCCAGGAGUGUGACGCCUGGCCACGCCAGCCUCAACGUCUAAACCAGGAAGGAAAAGGGACUGAAGUGCGAGGGGACCCUUUCGCUGACACCAAGACUCUCCCACCCCCUUCUUCCUCAUCUUCAUCCAUUGUGUCGAAUCGUAAGAACAGAGAAAGGAAGCGAGACCGAAGCCUACCUCCUCCUGGUUCUUCCGAUGACCCAUUUGCAAUCACAAUGAUUGGCAGCCCCACUCACCAAUCAUCAUUGGCUGCAACAGGUGGAAUUAUUCCACGUAGCAGUAGUAGCAGCACCAACAGCAAUAAACUUGAGUUUGAUACCGGCCAAGGAUCUUUUGUCCAAUCCCAGCCAAAGAAGGAACUUAUGCAUUGGAAUUCUGUGCAUAACCCAUUUAGUGAAGGGUCCUCUGGACAGGCGGGACAGCCAAGUAGUUCUAAACUAAGUGAAGGAGGAGUUGGAAAGGGAGAUUCCGCAGCAGAGAGGAGAAAACAUCGAUCAUCAGAGAGCGAACCUCGCCGAAACGCUCCUCCCCUUACGAGACAUUCUGGCCCACAGGAGGAUCUUUGUUUCUCCACUGACAAAGAUCAAGACUGUCUAGACAUCAGCACCCCGCUAGCUGGCAAUGUCAUCUCUCACAAGGGUACCAAACACAACUUCCGGCAUGAAUCAGCUCAAGUGGUCACAGCGGCUCUGUCCAGGGCUAACAAGACCAAGAAGGCCUCAGGUCGACUCAGCGGCAAUGACCGAUCACGGUCUCUGUGCUCUUCACCAUUGCCGGAGCCCAGCCCCUCCCUCACCUCCUCAUCUUCCUCCAGUCCCAGUGAGUGGGGGACUCAAACCAGGGACAUUGAAUGGGUGGGGCAGAACCGAGCCCCCAGCCCCUCCAGGGUGGGACAAGCCUCGCCUUUGCCCUACCCGCUCCAGGACCACCCACCAAGACAACUACACCUAUCCCGAGGACCCAGUCCUAUUUCAAACCUCAGCACCCAGGAGGCUUGGCCUGUGGCAACAGCCAUCACGGAGUACAUCAACGCUUACUUCAAGGGCGGACAACAAAAUCAGUGUCUCGUGAAGAUCACAGGCGAUCUGACCAUGUCCUUCCCAGCCGGCAUUACCCGCAUUUUCACAGCAAACCCCAACGUACCUGUGCUUAGUUUCCGCUUGGUCAACAUUUCCAGAAUUGACCAUUUUUUACCUAAUCAGAAGCUACUUUUCAGUGAUCCAUCUCAGAGUGACCCAGAUGCACGAGACUUCUGGUUCAACAUGCAGGCCCUGCAGCUUUACUUGCAGCGGGAAUCUGAACUCAACCCACAGGCUUCCUACUACAACAUUGGAUUGAUCAAGUAUCAGGUGUCUUCUCAAGAUCCGGCCCGGGCUCCUCUCCUGCUCUCGGCAGAGUGCCAACGUAGCGGCACAGUGACCCGAGUGUCCCUGGACUACCACUGCUGUCCCGUCACCGCGCCGUCCACCCAGCUGAAUGCUGUCCAAGUGCUACUGCAGUUGGACCACACCGCCGCUGACCUGCAGUGUCAGCCGCCUGCCUCGUGGAAUGCCGAGGAAAGACGUCUGCUGUGGAAGCUCGCCAACCUCUCGCCCACCAACCACAGCAAAGGCUCAGGGACCCUAUGUGCAAGCUGGCAGUGUUUGGAGGUCCCCCGUGGGCCUCCGCCCAACCUCGCCGUUCAGUUUGUGGGCUCCGGGGCGUCUCUGUCAGGCAUGGACGUGGAACUGGUGGGCAGCCGCUACCGCAUGUCACUGGUUAAGAAGAGAUUCGCCACAGGAAAGUACAUGGCAGGCUGCACCUUGUGAACACAGUGUGGAGCACCGUUGGAGGUUUGGAGCAUGGACGUUGACGCCAACUCAACGGCCGGCGUUGAAGGACCACCGGCACUUCAGUUAGUUGUGACAGUGUACCUGCUGCUAUGGUUAGGACCAAGCCUCAAUUUCAUUUGCGCGUUGUCUCGUCCAUCUUUUCCUGGAGAAAAGUUCUCUUUUGUGUCCUGAGCUGCAAAAUAAGCUAAAUGUCACCGCUGACUAUUGAUGUCCAAGGAACAAGUACUGUGUAAGAAAAAGUUGAGUGUUUUUGAACUGAAAUUGAACUUUGUUUCUAGUAUGGAAUCACUGGCAUAAAUGAUACAGGGUUGUUGUUAGAUUCUUCUCAACCUUAAAAAAAAGGUAAUGUUUGUAUAUCAGCUGUCUGUCCCCCCAAAAAAGAGGAUUUGUGAUAGUUAAUAAAGAAAAAUCAACACAUGUGCAAGACUUUGGUUUACGCCAGUUUAAUUAUUACAUAAUGUGACCAAAUACAAAAUACAUCUGAUUUAAGCAGUUUACCAACCACUGUGUCCUUGUGCUAGAUAAAAGUGGAGGUUUACACAAAAUAAGGGUUGAGUAUACUUGUAAGAAGAUCCCAAUCUAAUUGAAUUAAAAACAACAACAAAAAAACAAAAUCAUUGGCCAAAGAGCUAAAACAGUCUUACAAAACAUUCCAAAAAAUGACAGGUGCACAUCCCUAAAAGCUUUAAAUAAGUCAGUACAAGAUUGCAGGGGCGAAUAUUGUGUCAACACAGAAUAGUUCAUCUAACUAGCAACUAUUCUUCAUACAUUAAAUGAAUCACACGCAGUCUAGUCAAAACAUUUGAAGAUACAAUGAUAGAAAUGAGGCCACAGAAUACACACUUUCUACAUCAUAUAAAGAUAUACCGAAUAUAUAAUUUAGUAAAAUGGUAAUUCUCUGCAAAUGGGCUUCAUCGGGCUGAAGAUGCUUGCUACGACACGUCUGCAGUUGGCGGGGCAAAACUAUUUACAGCAAAUGCCACAGUGGGUCAAUUUCCCGCACUUUUAGGAUGUUUAUGUGAGCCCAGUGGAAGGUGCUCGAGAAAUCGGUUGAGGUAAAGCACGGUAACUCAUACUCGGGUUACCCAAUUGCAUACAGAACUAGAUCCGCUGCCAAUUUUUUGAUGGCCACUACGGAAAGCCUUGAGUAUUUUUUAUUUUUUUACUAUCCUGCUUAAAGGGAAAGACGGCACCUUUAUCUUAUCAGUCAUUCUUAUUGUCUGAUGCGGAUUUAGAGACAAAACAGUUUACACGUCAAUGUUUUAUACAUAGAUUUUGCUUACAUGAGAAAUCUAGUAACAGCUUGAACAGGUACAGUAGCCAUACAGCAUGUGCAGUGGCGGGUCUAGGAUUUUUCUGAACCGGGCCAAGAAUUUAACCCUCAGGGGCGAAGUGUCUCUGACAUAUUUAUUAUGUGUUUGUUUGAGCAACAAGGCAAUACGCAGAUUAUCCUGCAUGUGGCGGUAAAAACAUCUUUGCUUAAAACUGUCAAGCAGAGAUGAACCAGUAAAGUUGUUAACAAUUUGUAUUUAAUCGUACGUUGUGCAGGUAAUGAUACAAUACAUGGAACAAUAAUUUUAAACACUUUUUUGAAAAGCCAUUUUGAACACAAAAAUAGUGCUGUACUGAAUAGUCGAUUAACUCGAGUAAUUCGAUUCGGGAAAAAAAGAUUCAAAUUACACUUUGCUGCUUCGAGUGUUCGUUUAAUUACCAUGGCGUUGUAACGGGUUGUUUUGAAAGUGUUUGUAUUUAGUUUUAUUGAUUUGGGUGGAUUCUCUGCCCUCUACUGGUGACAGCGAAUAUGACAUAACUCAUUUUACAUGGCUGAAUCCAGCUGCUCCCUGUUAAGACCAACAUGAGCUAAGUUUUUGUUUGAGCUAAUGUUUUUUAAUGCAUUUAUAAUUUAGUUAAUAGGUAUAUUUAGCUGUUUUUUGGGGAAUAUUUGCUUGAACCAUUUGUUAAGAGCAUUGUUAAAAAAACAUGUUGCCGUUGUAUAGCAUUUACGCU